UGUUCCUGAACACUGCAAAACCAAAAUGUGGUUGUUAUUAACAGUGGCAAGUUUGAUAUCUGCACUUGGAACUACACAUGGUUUCUUUGGAAAAUCAGAUCCUGAAAACCCUGAAGUUAAUAUGAAUAUUAGUCAGAUGAUAUCCUACUGGGGAUACCCAAGUGAAGAAUAUGAGGUUUUUACUGAAGAUGGUUAUAUCCUUAGGAUAAACAGAAUUCCAUAUGGGAAGAAAAAUUCAGAGAAUAGAGGCCCGAGACCUGUUGUGUUUUUGCAGCACGGUUUACUCGCAUCAGCCACAAACUGGAUUUCCAACCUGCCCAACAACAGCCUGGGCUUUAUCCUGGCAGAUGCUGGUUAUGACGUGUGGCUGGGGAACAGCAGGGGAAACACCUGGUCCAGGAGAAAUAUAUACUAUUCAUCAGACUCAGCUGAAUUCUGGGCUUUCAGCUUUGACGAAAUGGCUAAAUAUGACCUUCCAUCCACAAUCGACUUCAUUUUAAAGAAAACGGGGCAGCAGAAGCUACACUAUGUUGGCCAUUCCCAGGGCACCACCAUCGGUUUCAUCGCCUUUUCUACCAAUCCUGAGCUGGCUAAAAGAAUCAAAACCUUUUAUGCAUUAGCUCCUGUAGCCACUGUGAAGCAGAGCAAAAGCCUGCUGAAGAAACUUACACAUGUUCCUCCAUUCCUCUUAAGGAUUAUAUUUGGUUACAAAAUAUUCUACCCGCACAGCUUUUUUGAUCAGUUCCUUGCUACUGAAGUGUGCUCCCGUGAAGCGUUGGAUCGCCUCUGCAAAAACGUCUUAUUCAUCUUUUGUGGAUUUGACAAUAAGAACCUGAACAUGAGUCGCCUUGAUGUCUAUCUAUCACAUAAUCCAGCAGGAACUUCAGUUCAGAAUGUCCUCCACUGGACCCAGGCUGCUAAGUCUGGGAAGUUCCAAGCUUUCGACUGGGGAAGCCCAGUUCAGAACAUGAUGCACUAUGACCAGCCCAUACCUCCCACCUACAAUUUGACAGCUAUGCAUGUGCCAACUGCAGUGUGGAAUGGUGGCAAUGACUUGUUGGCUGACCCUGGAGAUGUUGACAUUUUGCUUACACAACUCCCUAAUCUUAUUUACCACAAGAAGAUUCCUUCUUACAAUCACUUGGACUUUAUCUGGGCAAUGGAUGCCCCUCAAGAAAUUUACUAUGAAGUCAUUUCUAUGAUGGGAAAAGAUGAAAAUUAGUUCUGGGUUAAAGAAUUACCAUUCAUUCCUCAAAAAUAUUGUCUUCUUUCAUUCGUGCUUUUCUGUAAUGAUUGAUAUGCAGUGCUUCUUCCUGUCAUUUUGACUUUAGAAACAUGGUCGCAUCAACAAACUUUCCAUUUUCAUUUUGAAUUUAAAUUUUGGCUUUCACUUUAUACAUUUUGAAACAUUUGAAGGAGCAUAUUCCUGGGGUGGUGAAACUUUUCUUCCAAUCCUUUCCUUCAGUUUAUCUUCUAAACUCAACAGAGAUUAUGAGCCAUGAAUCAUGAGUGUCGCCAAAAGACACUGGGACUGAAUAUUGACACCUCUUGUGUAUG